GAUAUCCAACUCGACAUUCAAACCUGCAGGAUUUACGGGAGUACGACUGUUGGAUAGCCGCGUUGGACUGUUUCCUAGUUGUAUAUCAAGUCACUUUGUUUUGAGAAGAUGCGGUGAUCACGUCGCUCGUUGAGUUCUGAAACCCGUGGACUGAAUAACCCCACGCCCAGAGAAUGGUAGCUACGCGAUGUCGAGUAUCACACUCAAGCUCUCGUCUCUUGUGAUAAGGACGCUCUCGAAACCCAUAGCAAACCAAAUCAAAGCACAAGCUCGUGAGCAUGAGCGGUUUCGUCGGAUAUGCGUGUCGUUCGCGCAGAAAGUGCAUCGCAUUGACAUGCGGUUAAGGCUCGGCCUGCUCCAAAACACUGCUGCUCUCGAAAAGCAAGCUGCCCGUGAGGCGGCUGAAGCACACGCUAAGAAGAUAAAACUCCAAACACCCACAGUCAAGACGGAGGCCCAGACGAAGGCCGAUGAGUUGCUCAAGGCAAAGGAGAAAGCAGGAGGCGCCGCCGUUAAGACUCCGCCCAUCCCUCGGAUUCGGCCGUUGUCUGAAGGCAAAGCAAUCGACAUGGGAGCAAACUUCAUCAGCGAGACAUUCUUGUUCCUUGUUGGAGGUGGACUGAUCAUCUUCGAGUCGCUCCGGUCCCGACGGAAGGAAACCUCACGACGGGAGGACGUUGCCGACCGUCUAGCGGAACUGGAAGAGUCAGAGAAUGCUGCACGCGCUGCUUUGAUCGUUCUGGAGAAGGAGGUUCUCAGGCUACAGUCCCAGCUUGAGAAGCGCCCUGUUAAAGAUUUGAAGCGGGUUCUGCCGAAGGAAAUAUGGCAGGUUGAGGAAGAACCGGAGCCAGAACCAGAGCCUUCGCUUCUCACAACCAUAUCUUCCUAUUUCCAGUGGCCAAAAACACCCAGCAAUACUCCUGCUGCAGCUGCUGUUCCACCCGAGCCGCAAGCAUCCCAACCGGCUCCAGCCCAAGCUCCAUCGAAGCCAGAUGCAACCUCUCCAACCACACCUCUACCGAAGAAACAAGGUUAUUCUAAACGUCCUCGCGAUGAUAAGAAGAGUAAAGGCGGGCGGUCUAAACAUGCGGGGGAUAAGGGCUCCGGUCAACCGCGAGUAAAAAAGGCCGUCUUUGAGAGCACCAAGAAGAAGGAAGUCGGUGUAUCAGACUUGACGCUGCUCAGCAAGGUGUCCAAUGAAGCUAUCAAUGAGAAUCUGAAGAAACGGUUUGAGCAUGGGGAGAUUUACACAUAUAUCGGCCAUGUGCUUGUCUCCGUCAACCCGUUUCGAGACCUCGGGAUAUACACCGACGAGGUACUGGAUUCGUACCGCGGGAAGAACCGUCUCGAAGUAAAACCGCACGUCUUUGCAGUCGCCGAGUCAGCGUACUAUAACAUGAAAGCAUACAAGGAAAACCAAUGUGUUAUUAUCUCAGGAGAAUCGGGUGCUGGAAAGACGGAAGCUGCUAGACGAUUGAUGCAGUAUAUCGCAAACGUCUCGGGGGGUUCAGAUUCUUCCAUUCAAGAAACCAAGGAUAUGGUUCUGGCAACCAAUCCGCUCCUGGAAUCGUUUGGAAAUGCGAAAACAUUGCGCAACAACAACUCAUCGCGAUUUGGAAAAUACUUAGAACUCCAGUUCAAUUCGGUUGGAGAACCCGUCGGAGCCGUGAUCACAAACUAUCUAUUAGAGAAGUCCAGAGUCGUGGGCCAGAUCACCAACGAACGAAAUUUCCAUAUCUUCUAUCAAUUUACGAAGGCUGCCCCCCAGUCAUACCGCGAAGCAUUUGGAAUUCAGAAACCGGAUGCCUACCUAUAUACUAGCCGCUCAAAGUGCUUUGAUGUGCCUAAUAUAGAUGAUUCAGCGGAUUUUAGAGAGACCGUUGAAGCCAUGAAGAUCAUUGGCUUAAGCCAGGCUGAACAGGACAACAUCUUCCGUGUACUGGCUGCUAUCCUCUGGCUAGGAAAUAUGCAGUUUGUUGAGGAUGACCAGAGCAAUGCCACUAUCACCGACCGGUCGGUCAUCGACUUCGUUGCCUAUUUAAUGGAAGUGGAUGCAGACCAGGUUCAAAAGGCCCUUACUCACAGAAUCGUGGAAACCGCAAGAGGAGCUCGGAGAGGUUCUAUCUAUGAAGUGCCACUGAACACGGUGCAAGCUAUGGCUGUUCGUGAUGCCUUGGCAAAGGCGCUCUAUUUCAAUCUCUUUGACUGGAUUGUACAGCGAGUGAAUGCAUCCCUGGUUGCGAAAGGAGCCGUUUCAAACUCCAUUGGUAUCCUGGAUAUUUAUGGAUUUGAAAUUUUCGAGAAGAACUCAUUCGAACAGCUUUGCAUCAAUUAUGUCAAUGAAAAGCUCCAGCAGAUCUUUAUUCAAUUGACAUUGAAGACAGAGCAAGAAGAAUAUGCCCGGGAACAAAUCCAAUGGACGCCCAUCAAAUACUUCGAUAACAAGGUUGUUUGCUCGUUGAUUGAAGACAAGAGACCUCCGGGAAUCUUUGCUGCGCUUAACGAUGCCUGUGCUACUGCACAUGCGGACUCAGCGGCAGCAGAUCAAACCUUUGUUGGUCGAUUGAACUUCCUUGGCCAAAAUCCAAACUUCGAAUCCAGACAAGGACAGUUUAUUGUCAAACAUUACGCUGGCGAUGUGUCUUAUGCCAUUGAAGGAAUGACAGAUAAGAACAAGGAUCAAUUGCUCAAGGAUAUAUUAAACCUAAUCAACUCGAGUGGUAACGGCUUCUUGCAUACCCUUUUCCCGGACCAAGUGAACCAGGAUGACAAGAGACGCCCUCCAACUGCUGGUGACAAGAUCAAGGCCUCUGCAAAUGAUUUGGUUGCAACGCUAGCCAAAGCCCAGCCAUCAUAUAUACGGACAAUCAAACCAAACGACAACAAGUCCCCAUCCGAGUACAAUGUUGGAAACGUUAUGCAUCAAAUCAAGUAUCUUGGUUUGCAGGAGAACGUCCGAAUAAGAAGAGCCGGUUUCGCUUAUCGACAGACAUUCGACAAGUUUGUUGAACGGUUUUACCUCCUUUCUCCCAAAACCUCGUACGCGGGUGAUUACACUUGGACUGGCGAUGCUGAGUCCGGUUGUCGACAGAUCUUGAAGGACACAAGUAUCCCCGCUGAAGAGUACCAGAUGGGUGUGACCAAGGCUUUCAUCAAGACCCCCGAAACGCUUUUCGCACUUGAGCACAUGCGAGACCGUUACUGGCAUAACAUGGCCAUCAGGAUACAGCGUGCAUGGCGCAACUACCUCCGAUAUCGAACCGAAUGUGCCAUCCGCAUCCAACGCUUCUGGAGACGUGUCACCGGUGGCCUGGAGUUCAUCAAGCUACGAGAUCAAGGCCACCGAGUACUUAGUGGGAAAAAGGAGCGUCGACGAUUCAGCCUUCUUGGUUCAAGGAGAUUCCUAGGUGACUAUAUAGGUGUUGGAAAUAAGGGUGGAUUUGGGGAGAUCGUUAGAGACUCCAUUCGCCUUUCUAGUUCCGAAACAGUACUUUUCUCCUGUCGUUGCGAGUUGCUGGUAACAAAAUUCGGCCGAUCGAGUAAACCUGCACCACGACUUUUGAUUCUGACUGCUAAAAAUGUUUACAUUGUUGUUCAAGCAGUUGUGAACAACCAGCUCAACAUAUCCGCUGAGCGGACCAUCUCACUGGGCGCAAUCAAGGCUGUUGGAACGUCCAAUCUGAAAGACGAUUGGUUUUCAAUAGUUGUUGGUGCACCCCAGGAGCCAGAUCCCCUAUUGUCCUGUGUGUUCAAGACGGAAUUCUUCACUCAUCUCACCAACGCCUUGCGCGGACAGAUGAACCUCAAGAUUGGUGAUGUGAUUGACUUCAAUAAGAAACCCGGCAAGUUGGCACAGGUCAAAGUGGUCAAGGAUCCGGCCGUACCCCGGGACGACGUGUAUAAGAGUGGAACCAUCCGCACAGCUCCCGGAGAGCCAGCAAACUCGGUCUCCAAGCCAACACCGCGGCCAAAACAGGUUGCCGGCAAGCCCAUCAGUAAAGGCAAACUUCUACGACCUGGCGGUCCAGGGGGCGGCCCAUCCAAGCUCUCGCAAGCAGCGGCCAAGCCCAAGCCACGUCCUGCACCCCAGCAGCUUCCGGGCAGUGGCCAACAGUCAACUCUUGAGUCGCGGCCUGUUCCCCAACCUGCCGCCGUUGCUGCUGCUAUAGCAACUUCGAACCAUAACCGCGUUAGCUCGACAGCUUCACAAUCCCAGUCACGGCCGCCACCACCUCCUCCUCCAGCUCCCCAAGCAGCUCCACCGCCCAAGAAGCCCAUGGCCAAAGUGUUGUAUGACUUUAACAGUGGGAAUACAAAUGAGCUGGCAAUCCGGCAGGGAGAACUGGUACAGAUCAUCUCCCGUGAAACAAACGGUUGGUGGCUAUGCAUGAACCCAAGCACCGGCGUCCAGGGCUGGACACCAGAGGCAUACAUUGAGGAAAUCAAAGAGGCAGCUCCACCGCCUCCCCCUCCACCACCGCCCGUAGCAGUCCGGGCCCCAGCCCCAGCUCCAACACCGACAUCUAACGGUGCAGGUGCAGCGCGUGCGAGCGGAACAGCCGCUGCAAAGGCCAAACCAGCUCCGCCGGCACCCCCCGCAAAACGGCCCAACAUGCGCAAACAAGUCCAGACCCCCGUGGCUCCGCGGGAUAGUGCCGUUAGCAUGAACUCGCAGGACUCCUCGGGGGCCAGUGGGCGGGCGACGCCAAACAGUUUGAACAAUGCCAGCUUGGCGGGAGGACUUGCAGAGGCCCUACGGCAGCGACAGAGCGCGAUGCAAGGGAAGAAUAACGACGACGACGACUGGUAG